GGACAAACUAAAAAGGAAAGUGGGUCAUCUUCGGUGGGACGGAGGGAGGAUAAGUUAAUGCUCUUAUGUACCCUCUUCUCGUGGCAUGUAAAUCCAUUAGCAAUUUAAGGAGAGAGGCAGCGCAAGAAGUGGUUGAUAAAGUUCGACAACAUAGUGGUAUACUAGUGGAUGAGGCACAACUUGUGUCCACGGAAUUGAUCCGAGUUGCAAUACUUUGGCAUGAAAUGUGGCAUGAGGGUUUGGAAGAGGCGAGCCGCUUAUACUUCGGCGAACAUAACAUUGAAGGCAUGUUGAAUGUCUUAGAGCCAUUACACAGAAUGCUUGAGGAAGGAGCAGCAAGGAAUAUUUCAACUAUAAAAGAGAAAGCCUUCAUUCAGGCAUACCGGCAUGAACUUUUGGAGGCCUAUGAAUGCUGCAUGAGAUACAGAAGAACUGGAAAUGAUGCAGACUUGACUCAGGCUUGGAAUCUGUAUUAUCAUGUGUUUCGGCGUAUAGAUAAGCAGCUUCAAUCGCUGACCACUCUGGAUUUGCAGUCUGUCUCUCCUGAGCUGUUGGAAUGUCGUAAUCUGAAACUAGCUGUGCUUGGAACCUAUAUAGCUGAUUCACCUGUGGUGACAAUUGCAUCAUUUGCACCCCAGCUUGUUGUCAUCACGUCCAAACAACGACCUCGGAAGCUGACAAUUCAUGGAAGUGAUGGGGAAGAACAUGCUUUUUUGUUGAAGGGGCAUGAAGAUUUACGCCAAGACGAGCGUGUCAUGCAGUUGUUCGGUUUGGUAAAUACUCUACUAGGAAAUUCUAGAAAAACUGCUGAAAAGGAUCUCUCUAUCCAAAGAUAUUCAGUCAUUCCACUAUCCCCAAACAGCGGCAUCAUAGGAUGGGUGCCAAAUUGUGAUACCUUGCACCAUCUCAUUCGUGAGUACAGAGAUGCUAGAAAGAUCACUUUGAACCAGGAGCAUAAGCUGAUGCUUGGUUUUGCUCCAGAUUACGAUCAUUUGCCUCUUAUAGCAAAGGUUGAGGUGUUUGACUAUGCACUACAGAAUACAGAAGGCAAUGACCUUUCAAGGGUGCUCUGGCUAAAGAGUCGCACUUCAGAAGUCUGGUUGGACAGGAGGACCAACUACACAAGAAGCUUAGCUGUCAUCAGUAUGGUUGGGUACUUGCUUGGCUUGGGUGAUCGGCAUCCAAGCAAUCUCAUUCUGCAUCGGUUCAGUGGCAAGAUACUGCACAUUGACUUUGGGGAUUGCUUUGAAGCUUCAAUGAACCGGGAAAAGUUCCCAGAAAAGGUUCCUUUUCGGCUCACAAGAAUGCUUGUUAAAGCAAUGGAGGUCAGUGGUAUUGAAGGAAAUUUCCGCUCCACUUGUGAAAGUGUCAUGCAGGUUUUGCGGACUAACAAAGAUAGUGUUAUGGCAAUGAUGGAGGCAUUUGUGCAUGAUCCCUUGAUAAACUGGCGUCUUUUCAACUUAAAUGAAGUCCCUCAAAUAUCUACCCUCACAAGUAGUAUGCAUGCCCAACCCGCUGUCAACGAAGAGGAAUCUAUCUCAAAUAGAGAGAUGCUUCAACCACAGCGAGGUGUUCGCGAGAGGGAGCUCCUUCAGGCUGUAAAUCAAUUGGGCGAUGCUAAUGAGGUUCUGAAUGAAAGAGCGGUAGUUGUCAUGGCAAGGAUGAGCAACAAACUUACUGGAAGGGAUUUCUCUUCCAUACCAUCGAGCUCCAUCCAACAUUCCCUAGAGCAUGGUACCUUGAUUUCUGGUGACACUCAUGAGGCUGACCAUGGAUUAUCUGUCAAAUUACAAGUCCAGAAGCUUAUUCUUCAAGCAAUGUCACACGAGAAUUUGUGCCAAAACUAUGUGGGGUGGUGUCCUUUCUGGUAAGGUGUGAAGAUUUCCAGAUGAAAAAAUAUGUAUCAGAUGUUUCUAGUUGUAAAAUUGGUGAGUGGAGUCAACAAUUUCUUUGUAAAUAAUUUAGCUUUAUUGGACAAGUAAUAAUUCUAUUUCUAUCCAAUUUCCAGUUGCUGUUGUACAGAUCAUUAUGUAUAUUUGUGUAAAUAUUGUACAGACCGUUAAGUUAUUUUGUAAAUAAUACUAUACUACUAUAUUUUAUGCUCC